UUUUCUCUCAUACGAAGUGAAGAUCGAAAGAGUAACACGGGAAUGCUACCUCGAAUAGGUUUUAGGACCCGCUGUCGUCUACGCCAAUAACCGUUCCUUUCCCCCCAUCCCGUAGAUCCACUAUUCUCCCAAGCUUCGGAAUUAAAUGCCAAUUGAACUCCUAAGGUCUUGUUUAAAUACCGAUAUUCCUCACCACAGCUGGUUUUUUAAACACUACAUCUAUUUCAAUUCCUCGUCCGAGCAGUUGAUUUGAAAAAUAUUUGCGGAGGAUCAUUCAUUGACCUAAUUGACUCCCCAGCGAGUUGAUCCGUCUUUCCAUAAUGGGACCCAGCAACGCCGAACUCGGCAUUCUCCCCUCGCUGCCACAAACUCCGAACGACCUCUCACGCAACGGCUCCGCCAUUGAAUUGGAGCAAUUAUCAGUAUCUGAUGGAGUCCAUGAGAAUGAAUCCGCACUGCCUCCAGUCGACGGCGGGAAAGACGCAUGGGGUUUCCUGUUCGCCGCGUUCAUGAUUGAAGUCCUAGUCUGGGGAUUCCCAUUCUCAUACGGUAUCUUCCAGGAGUACUAUUCCAACAACCCUCCCUUCCAAGGCUCCCGCAACAUUGCCGUCAUCGGAACCUGCGCCAUGGGCUUCAUGUAUCUCUCCGCUCCGUUGGUGUUCGGCCUCCAGACGAGAUAUCCCAAGUCGAGGCGCUACUGUGUUGUCAUAGGUUUGUUGAUCAUGUGCCUGUCGUUGGGACUUAGUAGUCUUUGCCAGACUGUGCCGCAGUUGAUCAUCAGUCAAGGGUUCUUCUACGCCGUGGGCGGUGCGAUUGGUUACAGUCCUACGAUCCAGUUUAUGGACGAGUGGUUCGUUAAGAAGAAGGGUUUGGCGUUUGGUGUUAUGUGGGCAGGAACUGGACUCGGUGGAGUUGUCAUCCCUCUUCUCCUCCAAUACCUUCUGAACAAGCACGGCUUCCGCACAACUCUCCGCGUGUGGGCCGUCGUCCUCUUCGUCGCAACCGCACCCUUAACCAUCUACAUCAAGCCGCGUCUCCCGGUAUCCCAAGCCUCGAACCACCGCUCCUUCAACUUCGACUUCCUCACCAACCGCACCUUCCUCCUCCUCCAACUCGGCAACAUCCUUGAAGGGCUCGGCUACUUCGUCCCCUCGAUCUACCUCCCCACGAUCGCGACCUCCAUCGGCGCCAGCAACGCCAUCUCCGCGCUCACCCUCAUCUGCUUCAACGUCGCCUCCGUCUUCGGCUGCGUCUUCAUGGGUACCAUAAUCGACCGCUGGCACGUCACCACCUGCAUCGCCGUCUCCACCAUCGGCACCUCCCUCUCCGUCUUCCUCAUCUGGGGCUUCGCCACCUCCAUGGCGCCCCUCCUCAUCUUCUGCGUCUCCUACGGCUUCUUCGCUGGCUCCUUCACGAGCACCUACCCGGGUAUCAUGGCCGCCGUGCAGAAGUCCACCGGCCGCUCUGACGGAAGGAUCAUGGUGUUUGCGGCGCUGGCGGCGGGUCGCGGGAUCGGCAACGUGGUUUGCGGUCCUGUGAGCGAAGCGCUUGCGAGGAGCGGGGACGUAGGGAGCAAGGGAUUGUAUGGGACGGAGUAUGGGCCGUUGGUUAUGUUUACGGGUGUCAGUGCUGUGCUGGGUGGUGUUAGCAUCUGUGGGAGGAGGUUGGGCUGGGUGUAAUUGAUGUCCUGACCUCCCCGCUCGUCCUUUGAUGUAAGAGGAUGGAGUGUUGCUUAGAUAUAGAUUGCGCAUGAUGUGGAUUUAGACUCUACGCGUGGAACUGGACAGCGUAUUAAAAGGCGGAGGCAAGCGGAAAAUGCCCAGCUCGUCGAUUUGGAAAAGGAAGAGGUAUGCUGGUAAUGAAAGAGCAGCGGUGGCACGAUUUAGAUAUGUGAUAGCGUUUCUAGAAUUAAUGACAUGAACUAU